UUAUAAUGCACGGACUGAACACUUUUUUUGACACCCACCCACACCAGUUUACAACACAGCAACUAGGGUCAAACGGUUAGGUCUCAGGGGAACUAUACGUUGUAAUUAGCGUCACAGUAUGAGAAAGGAAAGAAAGAUCCAAGGCACAGUAGAAGAAUUUAAUUCGUUACGCCCGGGUAAUUUUGAGCUGCUGCUGCCACAGCUAACGGACAAACCCGAAGGAAACACCUUUCGUAAGCGCGUGAGUGACCUUACGUCCGUUCCAUAUGUAUCCAGAUCGGGAGAUAAAAAACGUUGGCAUUAUGCUCGGAAUAUAACAUUCAAAGGGGGCAAUACAGGAAGUUGUUAAAUUAAAGGUGCUUCGUGAAAGUUAUGAUCUAUGUGUCAGUAGUCUACAUUGAACACGAAAGUUUAUCAAUCGUGCAGCCACGUGUCAUGGAUAGUCGCGUGUUUUGCUGCUUUAGAUAACAUACUCUGGAUAAAUUAAACUACAUACCUGAAUUUGUGUGCCCUUGUGAAAAAGAGUAAACACUUCGUUUCAUCGCCUUCACCAUUUGUCGAACCGAAAGAGAAGGAACCCACGAAAAAAUCCAAGAAAGAAGCCAAAAUCAAAAUGGGUAGCUUGGAUGCCGAAUCUAUCAAGACCACCAAAAGCGCUCUCAGUUUGUUUAGAACGCCUUCGCUUCCGCGACGACUAAAGUUCAAACACAUCUCGGACUUGACACCGAAAAAAUCAUCAUGCAAGGGUGAACCGACGGAAAAGAACCGCCGACAGUUGGACCUAGAAUCACUGGAGACGAAACCUUCGGAAAAGGGUGUCGAUUGUGGAACCCAGAAGCUGCCGCCGAUCGUGCAGCUGUACAACAAGAUUGACGUCAACAAGGAGGCACUGCAGCGUGCACGAGAAGAGAAUGAAAAGCUGAAAGCCCAAGUUCAGGAGUUGCUAGCCGAGAAGCGACGCGCCGAGAUGGAGCGCUGCAAAGUGCUUGCAGAAAAGGAUAAUCAGCUUAUGCUCCUGGAGCGGGAGCUAACCAGCAUCAGCAAGGCGGAUGAAUUGCUGCAGAAGAUUGCCGAAGGUUGCCUGGAGAAGGUGAAGGAUAAUGAAGAAGAGAUUAAAAAGCUGCAUCGGGAUUACGAACAACAGCUUACCGAUGUGCAUGAUUCAAAGGUCAGAUUAGAAAUGAAGUACGAAGAGCUGGAGCUGAAGUAUAACACACUACUUGAUGACUACAUAGUAGCUGAAGGCGAAAGCUACUUAUUGAACGAAGAGCUAAUGGGUAUGCGGGAGAUUUUGGAAGCGCAUGACUUGGAACUACAGAGGAAGGUAGAAGAAAUCAAAGAAAUGGAACAGAGCUUGCAAAAGUUCAGCCGAGAGAGCAAGGAUCUGAAGGACCAGAUUAACUAUUUCCGUGCUCAAGCAGAGGAAGACAUGAUGCGAUACGUGGAAGAAAGCCGCGUCACUAUUCGUAAUAUCGAUGAGUUAAAAAAAGAAAACGAAAAGCUUCUGGCCCAGCUAAGUGAGAAAAAUGCUCUAAUCGACGCAAUGCAGGAGGAACUGAACGAAAAUCAAUUCCAAAUGGACGAGAUAAGAGAUGACUUGAGAAACAAUCUAAACCAAGAGCUCAACGCCGUUGUUAAAAAAUACGAACAGCAAAUCGCGACGAUUAACGAAGUGAAUGAAAUGAAAAUAAGAGAAUGCGAAUCGAUAUUCGUUCUCGAGAAAUCUCAGUUAGUCAAAGAACACAGCGACAAGCUCAAAAAGCUGGAGAAAAGCCAAUUGAGGGAAAUCGAACAAAUCGGCGAGCAAGCUGAGGAGAAAGUUAGAAUAGCGGAAGUUCAAAGCGAAGAACGCCUCAAAGCGUUAGAGCUUUCGAUUCAAAGUACAGUUGCAAAUGCUCUAGCGAACGAGAAAAUCAUCUGGCAAAAAGAAUUAGACAAGUGUCAAAAAAUUGCCGAAACCGAAAUUAUGCAAUGCGAGUUUGAGAAACGUGAUCUGAAAGCGCUGUGGGAAGCCUCCAAUGAGGUUAUCAAAGAACAUGAAAACAAAAUCAAUGAAUUGGAGAGGAAGCUGCACACUGAAAUGGGUACUAAUGGCAAGACCAAAGACGAAUAUGAAGCCGAGCUUAAAGAAGCUAUGAAGGAAAAUUCUCGCUUGCAAACAGAGAAGUACAAUUAUCAGUUAACACUAAACAACACUCGGUCCACGGUGAACAUUCUGAUGGACCGUCUAAAGAAGUCAGACAGCGAUGUGGAACUGUUGAAAUCAGAGCUCGACUCCUUGCUGAAAAAUAAAUCUGAGAUGGAAACCGAGAACAAUAAGCUACGGGAAGAGAUGGACGAGUACCGGCGGGUUUUGACGGCGCUGCGUUUGUCCUCUAGCCAGUUGGAAAAGGAAAUGCGGGACAAGGAGGAAGUGUUUGAAAAGAUAAUGACCUCGGAGGAGGACGCGAUAAUGACAGUUUCACAAAUCGGUAAACUGUUCAACGAUAAGAUGGAAGAAAGCAUUUCUCGAUACUUGGACAUGUAUGACGAGCUGAAGAAAAAAUACGAAGCACGUGAAGCUUACAUUCAGGACAUGAAGACUCUGCUGGAUGAGUUCGCUACUGGCAUUGAACUGGCUCGAAUUGAGUUGGAUACUAAAGAUAAGAAAAUAUUUGAGCUGGAGAAUGAAAAUAAGGACAUCAAGCUGGAAAACAUGACAUUCCGAUUCAAGUGCGAACAGUUCGAGAAGUAUCAGAACGAAGAAAGGUGUACGCAACCAACGCCGGAAACGCCAAACCGAACGGACGAUGAGCAGCUGGUUUCGAACUUUUUAAUCGAAAACAUCAUCAAUCAGCUGGAAAAGGAAGGAGAAAGCCAUACCCUAAGCAGUGAACAUAUCGAACUAUUUCAUGAGGUUAUUGAAUGCGAUAGUAAUAAAGAUGCCACUCGAAUUGCUGAGUUAAACGAGAAGCUCAAAUCAACGGAAGAGAAAUUGAAAAUCGUGGAACAGUUCGCUAAAGAAACCUCCGACAAAUACACUGAACUGCUGGAAAAACAAAACAAUCGACAGAAGAUGAAAAGCAUCGAAGGCAACAAGGAUCAUCAGCAGUUGAAGGCGAAAAUCGCGAAGCUUCAGGAAAUUACCAAGAAACAGGAGACCACGAUUGCCGGCCUACAACAGCAACUUUCCAGUUACGAUUCACCCCAGAAGUUGAACAUGUCCGGAAAGCUGUACGCUGGUAUUGGCAGUCCUAAAACACCAAAGAAAUUGAUCGCUUCACCUUACCCCGGUAAAGAGAACCGAUCUCCGGCAGCGGUCACCGUGUACAGCCCUCGAACGAAUGCAUUGCGUCCAAGAAAUAACUGAAACUAAAUUGAUAAUCCAAGUUAAAAGGAUUAGAAAAACAUUGAAAAACUUGCAUGUUAACGAAUAACUUGCCUUUUUAUUACUAUUAAACAAGCCGUAUGUGCUUACCCCUGCGGCUUACAGUAAGAAUUUUAGUACGCAAAAUUAGCCUUAAAGCGAUAUUUAUUAAAACAUGAGGAAACAUACACGCAGUUUGUAACCGAAACAGUGCUUUUUCUGAGUGCUCAAUCUUUAAUUUCAUAAGUCCAUUGAGCUGGUUCAAUAGACCUCAACGUGAUAGCCCCGUUCGAAAAACUAUUUAAUAAUACUGGCGAGAACAAGAGACAAAGUUCCUUCGCAAAUAUGAAUAUAAUGCUCACAGUGUAUUCAGCAUCCUUUGGUAUAAAAAAUAGUGAUUAUCACAACCUUCAAAAUAAUAAGAAAAACCGGAAAAAUCUGCUUGUAAUCUAAAAAUCUUCGUUUGGCAGACAAAUCUGCACAUCUGGUAUCUAUGGCAGCAGUUCAACAUUCAUGGAACAUUACAACAGUUACAACUUUUAUUAAGUUAUUUUUAUAAUGGUUGGAAUAUGAGGUUUAAAGGGCUUCUUUUGACGUUGACUAACGUCUAUAUCGAAGUUAGGCCACUGAAUUUGAAAAUCUAGUAAUUCAACCAGGGAAAACCAGAGAAAAGUGGUCAGCUUUUGAGCGCUUAUUUUGCAGUCAUCUAUAAUCAGGUUUUCGAGGUUCUGGCAUCAAUCGAUCAGAAAUUCUUUUACGGUUAAAUUUAUGUAACAAAAACAAACUAUUGUUUGAGAUACACUAUUGAAAAAUUGGUAAUAAAUAUCGAUUGUCUAAAUCA